GCAAGAUGGCGCAGACUCAAGGCACCAAGAGGAAAGUCUGUUACUACUAUGAUGGGGAUGUUGGAAACUACUAUUAUGGACAAGGGCAUCCGAUGAAGCCUCACCAAAUCCACAUGACGCAUAAUCUGCUGCUCAACUAUGGUCUCUACCAAAAAAUGGAAAUCUAUCGUCCUCACAAAGCCAAUGCUGAGAUGACCAAGUACCACAGUGAUGACUACAUUAAAUUCUUGCGUUCUAUUUGCCCAUAUAAUAUAUCUGAGUACAGCAAGCAGAUGCAGAGAUUCAAUGUUGGUGAGGACUUUCCAGUAUUUGAUGGCUUGUUUGAGUUCUGUCAGUUGUCCACGGGUAGCUCUGUUGCAAGUGCUGUGAAACUCAACAAGCAGCAGACGGACAUCGCUGUGCAGGCCAUACCUGAGGAUGCCAUCCCAGAAGAGAGUGGUGAUGAGGAUGAGGAAGACCCUGACAAACGCAUCUCCAUCUGUUCCUCUGACAAAUGCAUUGCCUGUGAAGAAGAAUUCUCUGAUUCAGAUGAGGAGGGAGAAGGUGGUUGCAAGAACUCUUCUAACUUCAAAAAAGCCAAAAGAGUCAAAACAGAGGACGAGAAAGAAAAAGAUCCUGAAGAGAAAAAAGAAGUCACAGAAGAGGAGAAAACCAAGGAGGAGAAGCCAGAAGACAAAGUGGUCAAAGAAGAGGUCAAGUUGGCCUGAGCAAGGUCUGCAGUCCUUUCUUCUCCCCAAGUUCCUCACUGUCCCUCAAU